GAACAGUUGUAUUUCCAUCAUCUUGUCCACGAACAACAUUUAAAGUGAUAUUAAUGAGAACAUCCAUUUAAAUUUUAAAAAUUCGAUCGGCCAGAGGUUUACAUGACAGAUACGAUGAUUUGAAGGGAGGUGAUUUUGAUCAAAAUGGAAAGAACCCUUUAGCCAUGUUAAUGAAGAGGAAUGUGAAUAUAUUGCUUUGAGAAGAUAUAUCCUGUUGUGUUGACGAGAAGCUGAAAAGGGUUCUUCAAAAAUGGUACCAGGCGGACGUCCAUAUUGUAACAGACCACCUUGCAUGAAUGGUGUUGGACGUUCGUAUGGAUGCAUGUUUAAUGGAUGCAUUCCAGGCGGACGUCCAUAUUGCAACAGACCACCGUGCAUGGAUGCUAUUGGACGUUCGUAUGGAUGCUUGUUUGACGGUCGCAUUCCAGGCGGACGUCCAUAUUGUAACAGACCACCAUGCAUGAGUACUUUUGGAGGUCCUAAUGGCUGCUGCAUGUUUGACAGUUCCAAAGCUUUUGAAGCAUCGGCUGAUCUGCUGUGUUGUGAAAAAUGUAAACAGCAAACUGGGAGACCAACCAAUACACUUGAAACGCAAGGUGUAUCAGAGGAUCGUGGAAAGAACACUUUAUUGGACCGGCAUCUCGUCGAAAGCUCUUCCUCAUCAUCAAAUGAAAGUUUAUUCAAGGACCUCUCGGGCGGACGUCCAUAUUGUAACAGACCACCGUGCAUGAACACUGUUGGACGUUCGUAUGGAUGCCUGUUUAAUGGAUGCAUUCCAGGCGGACGUCCAUAUUGCAACAGACCACCGUGCAUGGAUGCUAUUGGACGUUCGUAUGGAUGCUUGUUUGACGGUCGCAUUCCAGGCGGACGUCCAUAUUGUAAAAGACCACCAUGCAUGAGUGCUUUUGGAGGUCCUAAUGGCUGCUGCAUGUUUGACAGUUCCAAAGCUUUUGAUGCAUCGGCUGAUCUGCUGUGUUGUGAAAAAUGUAAACAGCCAACUGGGAGACCAACCAAUACACUUGAAACGCAAGGUGUAUCGGAGGAUCGUGGAAAGAACACUUCAUUGGACCGGCAUCUCGACGAAAGCUCUUCCUCAUCAUCAAAUGAAAGGACAUUCACGGACCUCUCGGGCGGACGUCCAUAUUGUAACAGACCACCAUGCAUGAGUGGUGUUGGAGGUCUUAAUGGCUGCUGCAUGUUUGACAGUUCCAAAGCUUUUGAUGCAUCGGUUGAUCUGCUGUGUUGUGAAAAAUGUAAAAAGCCAACUGGGAGACCAACCAAUAAACUUGAAACGCAAGGUGUAUCGGAGGAUCGUGGAAAGAACACUUCAUUGGACCGGCAUCUCGACGAAAGCUCUUCCUCAUCAUCAAAUGAAAGGACAUUCACGGACCUCUCGGGCGGACGUCCAUAUUGUAACAGACCACCAUGCAUGAGUGGUGUUGGAGGUCUUAAUGGCUGCUGCAUGUUUGACAGUUCCAAAGCUUUUGAUGCAUCGGUUGAUCUGCUGUGUUGUGAAAAAUGUAAAAAGCCAACUGGGAGACCAACCAAUAAACUUGUAAAGUUCGGUGUAUCGGAGGAUCGUGAAAAGACCAAUUCAAUUGACCGGCAGUUCGACGUAAGCUCUGCCUCAUCAUCAAAGGAAAGUUUAUUCAAGAACCUUUCAGAUGGCUGCAGGAUAAAUAAUAGCAGACCACAUACUGUAGGGCAUGAAGAAAAUUUGAAGAAAAGUAUGAACAUACAAACUAGGAUCGAUCUGCUCUUGAUUGGAAAAACCGGGAAUGGCAAAAGUGCGACUGGAAAUUCCAUUUUAGGGAAACGAAAGUUUGCGAGCGAGUCCGGUACAUCUUCUGUGACGAAAGAGUUCGACGCCGAUAUCUCAGAACAGAACGGUCGCCAGAUUAAAGUCGUGGAUGGUCUGGCAUUUUGUGACACAAGGCUGGAUAAUGAACGGUCAGUUCAGCAGUUGAAUGAGGCAGCAAAAUUGGCUCUGGCAGCCAAUCCUGAAGGCUAUCAUGCUUUUCUUCUCAUCCUGAAAUACGGCAAUAGGUUCACACGUGAAGAACAGGAGACGGUUGUGUUGUUAAAGAAAAUAUUCGGAGAUGAUUUUGUUAGUAAUUAUUGUUGUCUGAUCUUGACAUGCGGAGAUGUUUUUCAUCAAGAUCAGAAAGAAACAGAUUCAGUAAGAUUGGACUUCUCAGACUGGUGCCAAAAACAAGAUGGCUUCUUUAAGGAUUUGCUCGAGGAGUGUUGCAAUAGGGUGAUUUUGUUUGAUAAUAAAACCAAAGACGAGAAAAAGAAAAAAGAACAAAUUGAUAAUUUAAUUCAAAUGGUUGAUGAGUUGAGAUUUCGCGAUCGACGUUAUACGGAAGCUCACUAUGAAAAGGCUCAGAAAAUCAAAGAUAAUGUGGCAGCCAAACCAAAGGUGCUCACGACAAACGGCGAGACCACGGUCAAAGAAGAACGUCCAGUUGUUGACCAGCCGCAAGUCUCACAUGAGACAGUAGACUUAGUCACACUUGACAAGAUGUUGAGUCAAACCAAUACUGUCCAGGUCUUACUGACCAAGCAGGAAGAAUUUUCUGGAGCUCUUCAAGAACUUACUCAAACCUUGGAUUCUCUACAAAAACAGGUUUCUGGUGAAAGCGCUAUCUCUCGCAGAUGUAUUGAAGAAAUACAACAAAGUCGACAACAGGAAGAAGAAAUGAAACAGGUAUUCGAUAAAGAGCUGAAAAAUCAAAGAGAGGAUUAUGAAAAUCAGAUUGAGGACUUAAAACGCGAUGAGCAACAGAGGAAGGAAAUAGAACGCAAUCAUCAGAAGGGAUUUGAAGAUCUGCUGCAACAGAGGCAAGACACGGAGCGCGGACCUCAAAGGAUUCCCAGAGGAAUGGAACAGGCAGGACAAGCACAGCAAGAAGGGGGAAUGUUUGACCUCAAACAUAUUCUUUCGGAAAGCCUGAAACUGGUACAAGAAGGAGAGGGAACGUUUGACGCCAAAAAUAAUCUUUUGGAAAAACUGAAACUGGUACAAGAAGGACUGAAGCUAGUGGAGAAUGAACAGAUAAACUUAAGUCAGCAGCCGUCUUAAGUUUAGGUGAGAAUCCCAGUGUUGCCUCAACCGUGUGUCACUAAUGAGCUUUGUAAGUCAAAGUAAAUUAGGCUGGUGGUGUUUAGGCGGCGGAGU